AUGAGCGCGCUUCCGCAUCUUCCUAAGGAUGCGCCACCCGUCAGCACCAGCGAGCCCAACGCAGCCGCCGAGAUCGCCGUAUCGCAUAACCAAGAUCGCCAUGGCUCGGUCUCUUUAAGUAUUGUCGAUGACGACAAGAAAUCAGCUGGCGAUGGUUCCAACUCACCAAGCAGUAACGGCAACGCCGAGUCCCUCAUCGACGACGCUUCGGCACCUCUCAGUCGUACCCAUGUCUUCCAAGACGAGAAGAUCGCCGAGCACUGGCGUCAGCUCUACGAAAGGACCAGCUACGAGAAUCGUCACCGCUUCGAUCCCAACUUCGAGUGGACAUCUGCCGAAGAGAAAAAGGUCCUACGCAAAAUCGACACAAGGGUCCUCGUCUGGAGUUGGGUCAUGUUCAUGUCCCUCGACUUGAUUCGAAGGAACAUCAACCGUGCGUUGGCCGACCACUUCCUCGGCGAUCUCAACAUGAACCAGGAUGACUUCAACAAUGGGCAAGUCAUCUUCCUGCUCUGCUUCCUCAGUGCUGAGUUGCCCUCAGGUCUGAUCUCCAAGAAGCUCGGUGCUGAUAUCUGGGUCCCAAUUCAGAUCGUAGCAUGGAGUCUCAUCUCAGCUAGUCAAGCUGCUCUCAAGAACAAGGUUGGCUUCUUCAUUUGCAGAGCUUUGCAAGGAAUUGCCCAAGGAGGCUUCCUACCUGACCAAAUCCUGUACCUCUCGUAUUAUUACACAGGGAAGGAGCUCAGCACUCGUUUGAGUUACUUCUAUACCGUCCUCGGAACUAGUCAGAUUCUCGGCUCGUUCUUGGCCGCCGGCUUUGUUCAACUCCGUGGCCUCAAUGGUUUGGCAGGUUGGAGAUACUUGUUUGGCUUCGAGGGUCUCAUCACCGGUGUCAUUGGCAUCAUCUCAUUCUUCAUGCUAGCUCCAAGCCCUACCAACACUGCCGGCAUCUUGCGAGGAAAGAACGGAUGGUUCAACGAGCGAGAAGAAAAGAUCUUGGUCAACCGCGUUCUCCGUGAUGACCCGACCAAGGGCGACAUGAACAAUAGAGAGGGUGUCUCGCUCAAAGGUCUUUGGGCCGCCAUCCGCGAGAAGGACCUUUGGCCUGUAUACAUGCUUGGUCUCGUUGUCUUCCAGUCGUACAACCCUCCUCAGAUGUACUUGUCGCUCAUCCUCAAGCAGCUCAAGUUCAGCACUCUGCAGUCCAACUUGCUGGCCAUUCCAUCCCAAUUCUUCUUCACCCUCAACACUGUGCCAUACGCCUGGCUGUCCGCAAGAUUGAACGAGAGAGGUAUUCUUGCUUCUCUGUCAAACGUCUGGACGCUUGCGUUUCUCAUUCCACUCUACUUGCUGAAGCACAGUAUGGAAGAUAAGUACAACUGGAUCCGAUACGGCUUGAUCACCGCCUUGACAUCCGUUCCGUACUGUCACGCCUUCUUGAUUGGUUGGGUCUCGCAGAACUCCCAGUCGGUGCGUAACCGCGCCGUGUCACUCUGCCUCUACAACAUGUCUGUUCAAGUCGGCUCAGUCCUUGCGACCCGUAUCUACACCGCUGGCGAAAAGCCCUACUACGCCAAGGGAAAUCUUGCGCUCAUCUCACUCGCCUGUCUCUCGAUCGUUCUUUGUUGGCUCGCAAAGCUGUACUACAUUGGACGCAACAAGCAGAAGAAGCUGGCCUGGGACGCCCUCAGCUCAGACGAGCAGCUGCAGUACAAACUCAACACAAAAGAUGAAGGCUCGAAGCGCUUGGAUGUCUUGUUCGUUCACUGA